AUGGCGGAUAUAGGUGCUUAUACUAUAGGAACUAUCUUAAGUCUCCAAACAUUGUGUACUUGUGUUAUUUCAACUAUUGGACAAUAUUUUUAUAUUUAUUAUCUCGGAAUCUAUACACCACCAUCGAAUAGUACCUACAAUUGGUCGACAAUCAGUCCAAGUUCUUCGUCGAAUUUUCUAAAAAAAUUCAACGAAGAAACUAAACAAUGUAUUGAUAGUGACGUUUCGUUCGAUAAUGAUGCACAAGUAUGGGCUCAAGAAAAAUCUGCUGAUUUAUUUUUCUGGACAAGCCUAGUCAAUAGUUGUCCGUUGAUCAUUAUGACUUAUAUACUUGGUUUAUAUACACCAAAAUUAGGUAAACGUUUUGUUCUUCUUUUGCCAAUGAUUGGCAUAUUGGCUCAAUUUACUAUUUGGUUAGCUAUUAUUUAUUUUCAUUUACCUGAUUAUUGGUGGUAUAUAGCUGCAGGCAUUGUAGGUGCCUCAGGUUCUACGGGUAUUCUAAGCUUUGUAUUAACAUUAAUCAUUACAGAUAAUACACACGAAAACGAUUUAUCAUCACGUUGUGUGUAUCUUGGUGCAUUACAAACAGGCGUAUCAGCUAUUGGAAUAUUUGCUAUUGGUUAUUAUAUAGAUUGGCGUGGGUUUACUGAUCUAUGUUGGAUUGGUUUGGGACUAGAAGUUCUAUCAAUUUUCGUUGUUCUUUUUGCCUUUAAAAAAUCAAAUUCGAAUCUGAAUGAACGCACACCUUUAUUAAAUUCUCCAAAUGAAAAUGAUUUCAAAGAAUUAUCACCGAAUACCUGUAGUCAUUUUUUUCAAGCCUGUACAGUAUUUCACUUUAGCCGUCGAGAUUCAAAGAAAUCUACGAGUCUUCUAUUAACAUUAAUAUCGAAUAUGUUUUAUACGUUGGCAUCAACAACAUUUGCACCCUUUGUAUGGUUUCUACUCAAUGCGCCCUUUUGUUGGUCAUCACAAAAUAUUGGAAAUUACUCAGCAUUUGCAGCUAUUUCUUAUGCUAUAUUAAGUGUACUUGGUAUGCAAGCAUUGACACAGGCUGGUGCAAGUGAUGCUGUUAUUUGUUUAAUAAGUCAUAUGUUCUUUUUGGCAUCAAAUCUAUGGUUAGCAUUUGCAAGUAGUGCUUGGGAAUUAUAUGCUGGCUUAUUAGUGAGCGCAUUUUCAGGCUAUCAAGGUUCAUUAACAAUGUCAAUGAUGGCAAAAUGGUUAGCACCACAUGAGCGUCCGCACGCAUUUACCUUGGUUACAGAAAUCAAUACAAUUAUGACAACAUUCGGAACGACAUUUUUCACUUGGAUUUAUGCACGUACAGUGGCGAAUUAUCGAAAUUUAACAUUCUUGAUUGGCGCUGGACUUUGUAUUAUUCCUACUAUUUUAAACUUAUGUCUGGCGCUGUUAACGCGAAAAAUGUCCGAUGAAGAAUUGCCACCAUUGUCUGAAAACGAAGUAGAACCAGCACCACUACGUUUACCAAAUAAUGGACCACCGCAUGCUGGUGAUGCGACUUGUAUUGUUAUUCCAUCUCGAUCUUUGACUUCUUCGAUGCGUACGCCAGUUUUGGAUAGAUCUCGACAUAAUUCGAUUGAUGAAAAUGAACCGGAAGAAGUGAUAAAUUCUUCUACCGAUGAUCUAAUUACUUUUUGA